AUGGCCGGUGGAUUUUCUAACCGAAAGAUUAGGGGAAAUUCCAGGCUUGCUAUCUCAAAGAUCAAUUUUGCAUCGCGAUUGAAUCACCCCAACGUCAAAGCUUUAGCGCCCUGGGAAGGAUUGACCGAUAUGCACAGCCAGCAAAUGUGUCGUGGUGGGAUUCCAAAGGCGUCUUUUGGAGAGAUGAUCCUUCAUGGAUUUGCAGGCCUCGGAAAGGUAGAAAACCUUGGCGCUAUGGUUUAA